GAGCCAGCUGCAUAUAUAUAUACGCAUGUACCUCGUCAACUCAAGGCUCGAUAUGUGCAUUUAACGUCGACGGAGAACCACCUGUGUACACCGAAGGACUGAAGAAUUAAAUUAUUCUAAAUAAUUUUAAGCAGGCAGCAAAACAUGGACGACUUGUACCCAGAUUAUGAUGAUACAUAUGGUGGUAAGCCACUCAAACUUCGCCCACUGCCAUCACUUGAGCAAAACGGCACAGCCGAAUACAAAUCCAAGAAGAGGAAGAAGAAACGCAAGGAUAAAAAAUCACCCAGCAAGGCCAACUCUGCAACCCAGACGAUCAUUCCUAAGAGGAUAGACUAUAUCCUGGUGUAUCCCAAGGAAGAUGAAAAUGAUUUUAAGGAUAAUGAUGACAUUGAGGACUUUAAGAACAGGAUGGAACUGAGGAGGAGGUUCCAUAGAGCAGCCAGGGAGAAGGAAGGGCUGGAGAUCAGAGAGAGGGACAUGGGAGAGAAGAUUUAUGUCUUGAUCCAUUGUCCAUUCAAGAGAAUGUGCCUCGAGGCAGAGGAGGUUAAACUGGAAAUGCCUCUGGAAGGGGCAGCUAUUCCCCCAAAGCAAGCGAAUGGAUACUUAGAUCAACUCAAGUCUCUCUUUGUAACAGAUGAUGAAGUUGACUUUGUGAGUGCACCCUUCAUUGUUCAGAAGAGGGCGGUAUUCAAGGGAAUUGACCAACCAGAUACAUUCUUCUCCCCAGCAUUGCGUUCACUCCUGGUUCACAACAUCUUGAUCAACAUUGAUGUACGAGAGCAAGGGGAUGAGAACACUGACUUCAGAGACUCCAUGAGACGAAAAGGUCUGCCAUUUAUGCUGAUGAAGAAAGUUUAUACAGACAGAUUCAUCAUGCAUGAGGAAUCUCCUUAUGAAUUGGAGGAAGAUGAGGAGACAAGGGAGAUACAGAGAAGUCUCAGCAAGGAGCGGGGAGACUUCAACCCCAACUCUGACCCUAGAGAGGCAUUGCAUAGAACCUGGUGCCGAUGGUGGAAGUUCCAACCUCUCUGGAAAAUCCGUAACUACUUUGGGGAGAAGAUUGCCUUCUACUUUGCCUGGGCUGGUGAAAUGGCCAGCCUUCUCUGGCUACCUGUGCUGCUUGGCAUUGCUAUCUGGGCCGAUGGAUUAUAUCUCAGCAUCAAGGACAACAUGGAAUACAAUGAGGGCUUAGCUGAGAUGGCCAGACAGCGAGAUGAAUUGAUUGAUGCUGUCAGAGAGAAUAUCACCUUGUACAACAGGACAGAAGACAGGUUACUCUACCAGAACUUAACUGCACGUGCUCAGGAGGAAGACUCCUUCUUUGGCAGCAUUGCUGAUAAGUCUCUUGAGAUUCUAGAUGUCUUUCAGAAAUCAUUUGAUUCAGCAGUUACGCCGUACUUUGCUCUCGUCAUUUGUCUUUGGGGAACUCUUUUCCAAGAAUGCUGGAAGAGGAAACAUGCUCGUUUGGCUUAUGAGUGGGAUGUGUCCAGUUACCAUUUUACUGAGCCUGAUCGCCCAGAAUUUUAUGGAACCAAAGAACGGGAGGAUCCUGUGUCCAGCCUGCCAGAUUGGUACUACCCAUUCUACAAACAAUUUCUCAAGUUCAUGGCAUCUUUUGGCAUUCUCAUCUUCAUGGCGUUGCUUGUCAUAGCUAGUGCACUGGGUGUUAUCAUCUAUCGCGUCAUCAUUGGAGUCUUAUUGGCAGAUUCCUCCACCCUGCCAAGGAUCUUGUUAUCUACAGUUGCAGCCACUCUUCUCAACUCCAUCUCUAUUAUGAUCUUAGGAAGAUUGUAUGACUACAUCGCAUACAAGUUGACAGAUUGGGAGAAUCAUCGGACCCAGAGCCAGUAUGACGAUGCCUUGAUCAUGAAGCUUUUUGCUUUCCAGUUUGUCAACAGCUAUGCCUCACUCUUCUACAUCGCAUUCUUCAGAGGGCUGACUGCUGAGGACGGCAUACUUUACCUGGGUAAACAAUAUGAAGAUAGCUGUGGGGAUGACAACAUCUGCAUGCCUCUGCUAUCUCUUCAGGUCUUUGUGCUUAUGAUCGUCAAGCCCUUUCCUAAAUUCCUGAAAGACAUUAUCAUACCUUGGCUCAAGAAAGUCUUGAAGAAAUGCUGCUGUUGCAGAGGGAAGAAUAAAGUGGCAGAUGUGGAGGCCAGUAAAAUGGAGAAAGCUGAUUUCAUGAGGAAGGAAGGAGCCAAGCCACCUCUGGGAAACUUCACACUGGGAGAGUUCACUGAGAAGACCAUCCAGUAUGGCUUCCUCAUGCUGUUUUCCUGUGCCUUACCCUUGGCUCCAUUCAUAGCUAUCCUAGUGCUCUUAGUGGAUAUCAGAGUGGAUGCAACACGUAUGUUGUGGAUGAACAGACGUCCUAUUGCCUUCAUAUCUGGUGGUAUAGGCAUGUGGUACAGCAUUCUGGAUUUCCUCAACUUUGCUGGUGUGGUGACCAAUGGUUUCCUGAUUGCCUUCACUGCUAAGUGGUCUCAGAAUUUCACCUUAGCUGAGAGACUCUGGGUUGUCAUUGCCUUUGAGCAUAUUGUGUUGUCAGUCAAGUUCUUCAUUGCUUACAUCAUCCCAGACACUCCUUCUGACAUCAGCCUAGCAAAGAGAAGACAACGCUACCAAAUUGCCCAGAUCCUGGACAAGGCAGAGAACCAAGGCCCUAUUAAAAGUAAGGAGGGUACCUGUGUGGUCUUGGCACCGGAUUUGAAAGCCUUUAAUUAUAUCGAUUGUGCUGUGAAAAAUGACGACAGCAACCCUGCCCUUAAGUCACUCGUAACUGACGACACACUCUUAGCCACCACCAAAGAGAGAAAGGCAAACCCAGAAGAUGAAGAGGGACUUGGAAACUUGGAUGAUGGUGCGAAGGAAUGCACCCAAGAAGCUGUGGAUGCUGUUGCACCAAAAUUGAGCUAUGCUGAAGAUGGGACCACCUACAUUGGGCAGUCAGAGAAAUUUCCAAGUGAAACCAAGAAGAGGAAAAAGAAGAAACUUAAAAAGCGCAAUUCAGAGGAAUCACCUGACACACCCCCACAGCUUGACCCCGCCUACCCACCAGAAGUAUCCCCCAGUGAUGUGUACCAGCCCCCAAACCCGACACAGCUCUAUGGUUUAGAUGGUUACCAGAACAAUACAAAUUUAUAUUCCAGUAUUCAGUAUUCACCGGGGAGUCAUGCGUCAGACUUAGCUUAUCCACCCACUAAAAUUAAUGCCCAGGGUAACAUAUUUUUCUAAUACAGUUCUUCCUAAGUAAUGUAAUUGUAGAAAUGUAUUCUCUCUGUAAUAAAAUUAUAGUUUUUAAUUUUUUGUACCUUACUGUUUUUGAAGAACAGACUCUUGUAAAUCUUUUCUAUCUUCUUUAUAGUACUAUAUAUGUAUAUAUUGCUGCAGAGGACAGAAUUUUAGCUUUUAAUACAUGUAUUAAAAAAUCAUUUCAUCAGAAGUUUGUGUAAUUGGAGCUUUUUGAACUGAAAAAUUUGUCAGGGUACUUGUAUGAACAAAUAUGUACAGUGAAUGUAUUUCCAACUGUUUUUGCUGUGCUCGAAUGAAAACCCUUUUGAAGUAUUUUGGUUUGUGAUAGUCUUUGAGAGAUACUUUUGGUGGAUGACACAAUUUAUAAAACCUGUGCUACAAUUUCCAUCUUGAAAAUGGGAUAUUUUCAUGAGAGAAAAGUACUUACGUAAUUUUUUUCCUUUGAAAUUGUAAACUUGUACUUUGCUUAUUGUGUUUCCUUUAGUUACGCCAUUUUGUGCAAUAUUUUAUAAUCGAAUGAAGUAUAAAUAUGUUAGGUAUCUGUCCAAAGUACUAAGUAUUCUAUGUGCAAGGUAUGGUGUGCUGUGGGGUGUCUGUGCAAAGCAACCACUCUGUGCCUGAGUAGAAAUAUAAUUAUAUUGUGUGUGAGCUGAUAAGGUAGUUUUUUGUUAACUUAUUGUCAAAUAAUUUGUACGCCACGUUGUCUUUUAGAAAUGGUGUAAAUAACUGUUUGAUCAUUAUUAUAAACCUUACUGAUAUUACUCAGUAUUAAGGGAGAACAUAUGUACAUUUACAAUGACAAAUUUUUGAUAGAGGUUUCACACACCAUCUUUGUUGCAAGCAAAAUCUCUUUAACAUAAAUUUCUUGAGUUAAUUCCUUAAAUUGAAAAUAGAUAAUCACUCAUCUUACGUACAGGAUUCAGCCUUAAAUAAUUUGAUCAACUGCUUUCACUGUUUUAUUUCUUUGUAUAUUCAGCAGUGUUUGGGCCGGGACUGUAGCACAAUAUUUGGGAACAUUUAUUUUAUAGAAAGGCCUUUGCUUUAAGAAUCUGAACUGAAGAGAUUGAUCUGAAAAAUUCCACGGAAAUGGUGAGAAUGAAAUUUGACUUCUGUAGUAUUUUGAAUAGCUAGAGCUGAGUACUUCAAAUAAACCAUAAUGUAAAACUUGA